AUGAAGGAUAUUCAAUUGGCUUUUAUAUACGACACGAUGAGUCGUGUCUACUUGGGUCGAUUGCCUUAUCGAGCCACAGUUCGAGAUAUCGAAAGAUUUCUCGAAGGGUACGGCUCGGUCCGGGACAUCUCGUUGAAGUACGGAUUCGCUUUCGUCGAUUUCGAGAAUGUGCGCGAUGCGGAAGAUGCGGUGCAUGAUCUGCAUGGGAAGACGAUGCCCGGUGACAGCCGUUUCCGAAUAAUUGUUGAGUUGGCGAAGGGGAAUCCCCGUGGUGGAGACGCGUAUCGAUAUGAAAAGUCAAGAUCAAGAUCAAGAAGUCGAGGUCAAGGAGUAGGAAUCGUUCACGAGAUCGAAAGGCUCGUCGACGAAGCCGUUCACGCUCACGAAGCCGUGACCACAAGCGAACUCGUCGCAGUCGUACUCGCAGUGAAAGCGAUAGAUCUCGAUCUCGCGACAAGAAAUCCAGAUCACCGAAAGAUCGAAAGAAAUCAAAAGAAAAAUCCCGUUCACGCGACCAAAAAUCUCGAUCGAAAGAGCGAAAAUCUCGAUCUCGUGAUCGCAAAUCUUCAUCAGUUGAGAAGAAGUCCAAGUCGAGAAGUCGAUCGGUGGAGAAAAAUGGGAAAGACAAGUCUCAUUCCCGUUCCUCAUCGCGUGGUCACGAUAAAGAGAACGGAAAUGGUAAGGCGAGAUCACAAAGUAAAGAGAAAACGCCUCAAUCCCGAAGUGUCUCACCGGCACGUGGUUCGCCCGAUCGUCAGAAAACCCAGUCGCCGAAGAGUGACAACGACGAUUGAGAAG